CAAAAACUCUUAUCCACAUCAUACGGUCUCUCCAAAUCCACCAAAACCUUUACUUUCUCUCUCUAAAAUUUUUUCUAGAGAGAGAGAGAGAGCUUCAAUUUCAUCAUCUUCUUCUUCUCCCCUCAAAUGCGCAGUGUCGUUCUCUCUUUCGAAACCACACAUUAAUGGCUCUCCCUCAACUCCUCCCUUCCCCUUCUUCCUCUUACCUCACCCACCACAACAACCCUCGCUUAAACCCCCACCACACCCUCUCAUUUUCACUUAACUCAAAAAUCUCCCCUCCCCACCACCUUCGCCGCCGUCACCGGAACUCCACAUCCUCCCUCCGCUGCUCCUCCUCCUCCGAACGACACGAAAACAUCGCAUCCACCAAUUCGAAUGACAUCGUGGAGCUGCCGCUUUUCCCUCUCCCACUCGUCCUCUUCCCCGGAGCCAUCCUCCCGUUACAGAUCUUCGAAUACCGUUACCGUAUCAUGAUGCACACUCUCCUCCAAACCGACCUCCGUUUCGGCGUCAUCUACACCGACGCAACCUCCGGCACGGCCGACGUCGGAUGCGUCGGCGAGGUCGUGAAACACGAACGUCUCGUGGACGACCGGUUUUUUAUCAUAUGUAAAGGUCAGGAACGUUUCCGCGUGACAAAAAUCGUCCGCACGAAACCCUAUCUUGUGGCGGAGGUGGUGUGGUUGGAGGACCGGCCGUCGGGGAACGGGGAAGAGGAUUUAGAAGGCUUAGCAAGCGAAGUGGAGAGCCAUAUGAAAGACGUCAUCAGGUUAUCGAACCGAUUGAACGGAAAACCAGAGAAGGAAGCCGGAGAUUUACGCCGGAAUCUAUUUCCGACGCCGUUUUCGUUUUUCGUGGGGAGCACGUUUGAAGGUGCGCCGAGGGAACAGCAGGCGUUGCUUGAAUUGGAGGAUACGAUGGUGAGGUUGAAGAGAGAGAAGGAGACGUUGAAGAAUACUCUUAAUUAUCUAUCCGCUGCUUCUGCUGUAAAAGAUGUGUUUCCAUCAUCAUCUUCAUGAUUCAUGAAAUCCAAGAUACUAUGAUUUUAUAGGUACUGAAUUAGUUCUUUCAAUUUUGAUUUUGUGGGUUUGCUAUACUCCCUUUAUAUUGUAAAGAUUCUGAUAAAUAGUAGUGAAAUUAUUCUCUGCUUUACAAA